AAUAUGAUGAAAAUAUUACAGUUCCUCUAUCUGUCCUAAAAAUCGAUAGAUAACAGCAUAAUUCGCGUUUGCUUGUUAGAAGUUUCAAACAAACCUGAUUUUUUCAUCUGUCAAAGUGCGUUGUGAUCAAUAAUGAAUAUCGAAAAUGUUUCAGAAUUCCCUGGAAUAUAUAAAGAAAACUGAGAAAAUCCCUCUUGGAAAACUUAAAUUUAAACUGAUAAACAUCGAUGAUAAAAAUUUUUCAACCUGUGAUGAAAACUUGCUGAAGUUUCUGUAUUCUCGAAGGCUGAGUGUUGAACAGACUUUCAGGCUUAUUGAAAAUCAUUUGAGAUACAGACGUGAAAACCCAGAAAUUUUCACGAAUCUCAGCAUAAAUGAUCCGGAAAUUAGGAGUGCACUUGAAAAUUCUCUGCCAGGACUUCUGCCCCAAACAGACAGAAAGUGCAGGACCAUCAUAGUCUUCCACGCAAACAACUGGGACGGACAAAUCAGCUUGAUCUCGAUAUACAGGGCCUUGAUUCUCUGCCUGGACUUCGCCUUACAAAACGUACACGUACAAAACAACGGUUUUGUCAUCAUAGUUAACUGGGAACAAUUCACGUUUAAAAAGUCCACCUGGAUCAACCCCAAGAUUAUACGACAUAUGAUUCAUGGCAUGCAGGAAUGUUAUCCAGUGAAAAUUCUGGAGUUGCACUUCAUUGCCUCCCCAUGGUACAUAAAUACCGCCUUCAACGUGUACAAAUUGUCCUUUGAGGAAGAUAUAAGGGAGAACUUCCACGUGCAUGGGAGAAAUUUGAGUACUUUGCACGAGUUCAUCCACAGAGACGUUCUCCCAACUGAGUUGGGUGGAUCCUUGCCGAGUUACAAUUGUGCCAAGUUGAUAGAUGAGUUGGAAAGCUAUUGCAAAAAUAGUGUUAGAUGAUGCAACAGUUUCUUUUCGAGUCAGUGUGGAGAUAAGUGGAAAGAUUUCGGAUCAAAAUGAUUAAUACAAAAAUUGCAAUGAAUAUUUAGUUUUUUUUUUAAUAAUUUCUACAGAAACCUUUGUUGAAAAUAUUUUUUCCCAUUUUUAAGCUGUACAUAGUAGCUCGUUUGCAACAACCGCUUCUUUUGUCGAUGUUAAACGUAAACCAUGAUAAUUUAUUCUUUACCCUUGUAAUUCCCUAUGUUUUGAUGAAUAUUUCAACAAAUAAAGCCUGAAAACGUA